GAUGAGGAAGCCGUGGUGGACAGAGGAGGUACUCGUACCAUGCUGAAGACCAACUUUGAGAAGGAGGAGCUUGAAGGACAUAGGACUCUGUACAUCGGUGUGCACGUUCCUCUGGGGAGGAGAACUCACAGACGCCACCGACAUCACGGGCACAGACACCGCAAACGCAGCAGAGAGAGAGACUCUGGACUUGAAGAGGAGCGGGAAUCACCCACAUACAACACUCCGUCUCAGAGAGUACAGUUCCUGCUCGGCACCGAAGAUGAUGAUGAGGAGCACAUUCCGCAUGACCUGUUCACGGAGCUGGAUGAGAUCUGCAUGCGUGAGGGGGAGGAUGCGGAAUGGAGAGAAACUGCCAGGUGGCUGAAGUUUGAGGAGGAUGUAGAGGACGGAGGGGAGAGGUGGAGUAAACCGUACGUGGCCACGCUCUCGCUUCACAGUCUGUUCGAGCUGCGUAGCUGUGUUCUCAACGGAAUCGUUUUACUGGACAUGCGCGCCAACUCUCUGGAGGAGAUUGCCGAUAUGGUUUUGGAUCAGCAUGAGGCUUCUGGCCCGUUCCCUGUAGACGUGAGGAAAAAGGUCCGGGAGGCCCUCCUGAAACAGCACCACCAUCAGAACCAAAAGAAAUUUGCCAACCGGAUCCCCAUCGUCCGCUCCUUCGCCGACAUCGGCAGGAAACAGUCCGAGCCGCACUCCAUGGAUAAGAAUGGUCAGAUGAUUUCUCCUCAGACACAACCCACAGCCACGGAGGGCAAGGGUGACGUGAGCAGAGAGAACAGCGCUGUGGAUUUCAGUAAGAUAGAUCUACAUUUUAUGAAGAAAAUCCCGCCGGGUGCAGAGGCCUCCAACAUCCUGGUGGGGGAGUUGGAGUUUUUGGAGCGGCCGGUGGUAGCGUUUGUGCGUCUGUCUCCUGCUGUCCUGCUCAAUGGGCUCGCUGAGGUUCCAAUCACCACCAGGUUUCUCUUCAUUCUCCUGGGGCCUCUGGGGAAGGGACCACAAUACCAUGAGAUUGGUAGAUCAAUUGCUACACUAAUGACAGAUGAGGUUUUCCAUGAUGUUGCUUACAAAGCAAAGGACCGCAAUGACCUAAUAGCUGGAAUUGAUGAGUUUCUUGACCAAGUGACUGUACUGCCACCAGGGGAAUGGGAUCCCUCCAUUAGAAUAGAGCCUCCCAAAAAUGUUCCUUCACAGGAGAAGCGUAAGAUCCCUGCAGUACCCAAUGGUACCACAGAGCUGGGAGAAGCAGAGGAACAUGGAGGCCAUGGCGGCCCCGAGCUUCAACGCACAGGAAGGCUGUUUGGUGGGCUUGUUCUGGAUGUGAAGCGUAAGGCUCCACACUACCUGUCAGACUACACAGAUGCUCUGAGCCUCCAGUGUCUGGCCUCCUUCCUCUUCCUGUACUGCGCCUGCAUGUCCCCUGUCAUCACCUUCGGAGGACUGCUGGGAGAGGCCACGGAAGGACGCAUAAGUGCCAUUGAGUCUCUGUUUGGAGCCUCGAUGACAGGAAUCGCCUAUUCGCUCUUUGCUGGUCAGCCCCUUACCAUACUGGGAAGCACUGGUCCUGUACUGGUGUUUGAGAAGAUUUUGUUCAAAUUUUGCAAGGAGUAUGGGCUGUCCUACCUCUCCCUGAGAGUGUGUAUCGGGCUUUGGACCGCCUUCCUCUGCUUGGUCUUGGUGGCCACGGACGCCAGUUCACUCGUCUGCUACAUCACUCGCUUUACAGAGGAGGCUUUUGCCGCGCUCAUAUGCAUCAUCUUCAUCUAUGAGGCUUUGGAAAAACUCAUCCACCUUGGGGAGACCUACCCCAUCAAUAUGAACAACAACCUGGACAAACUCACACAGUACUCGUGUGCAUGUAUUGAGCCGGCAAACCCCAGUAAUGCCACGCUGGAGUACUGGGAACAGAACAACAUCACUGCCUCUGAGAUCUACUGGGAAGCACUGGAGGUUGAGGACUGUAUAGAGAGGCGUGGAGAGUUUGUUGGUUCAGCCUGUGGCCCCCAUGGUCCAUAUAUCCCUGAUGUUCUCUUCUGGUCUGUCAUUCUGUUCUUCUCCACUGUCACCAUGUCUGCUUUCCUCAAAGAGUUCAAAACUAGCCGAUACUUUCCAACCAAGGUCAGGGCCAUCAUCAGUGAUUUUGCCGUAUUUAUCACCAUUCUAACCAUGGUUCUUGUCGACUACGCUUUGGGUGUGCCUUCACCCAAGCUUAAAGUCCCCAAUCAGUUUAAGCCAACCAGAGAUGAUCGUGGCUGGUUGAUUAGUCCCAUUGGUCCAAACCCGUGGUGGACCUGUGUGGUAACAGUGAUCCCGGCUCUGCUGUGCACCAUUCUCAUUUUUAUGGAUCAACAGAUCACUGCUGUCAUCAUCAACAGGAAGGAACACAAACUAAAGAAAGGUUGUGGGUACCACCUGGAUCUGUUUAUGGUGGGGGUGAUGUUGGGCGUGUGUUCUGUGAUGGGGUUGCCAUGGUUUGUGGCGGCGACAGUGCUGUCCAUCUCCCAUGUGAACAGUCUGAAACUAGAGUCCGAAUGCUCUGCUCCAGGCGAACAGCCCAAGUUUCUGGGCAUCAGAGAGCAACGUUUCACUGGACUCAUGAUCUUUCUCCUCAUGGGCUGCUCUGUUUUCAUGACUUCUGUACUGAAGUUUAUUCCUAUGCCUGUGCUGUAUGGAGUAUUUCUUUAUAUGGGGGCCUCAUCACUCAGAGGAAUACAGUUCUUUGAUCGUCUCAAGCUGUUUGGCAUGCCAGCGAAACACCAGCCUGAUUUCAUAUACCUGCGACAUGUUCCACUGAGAAAAGUUCACCUGUUCACCAUCAUUCAGCUUAGCUGUCUCGCUCUCCUCUGGAUUAUCAAAACCUCCAGAGCUGCCAUUGUCUUUCCCAUGAUGGUUUUGGCUCUGGUAUUCAUCCGGAAGCUUCUGGAUUUUAUAUUCACUAAGAGAGAGCUGAGCUGGCUGGACGACCUCAUGCCAGAGAGCAAGAAGAAGAAACUGGAGGAUGCGGAAAAAGAGGAAGAACAAAGCAUUUUGGCAGAGGAAGAAGGAAUAGUGCAAGUGCCAUUGGAGGGACAUUACAAGGAUGAUCCAGCCACAGUGAACAUCUCUGACGAGAUGUCCAAAGCCUCCUUUGGAAACACUUGGAGAGUCGUCAACUCAGACAAUUCCAAAAAUGAUCCAACCUCAAAAAGGUUUUGA